UUAUAUAUAUGUAUAGAUAUGCCUGACUGUUAAACCACGGGGGGGGCGGGACUCUGGAGAAGUGCUGCCCGUCUAUGUUGAUACAGAUCUAACAAACUGGACUAACACAGUGUCUGCUUACGUUGCCCUACGCAUGGACUAAUUUUGCUUUUAUAUAUCGGAGGAAAAGUUUUUCGGCGUGGGGGAAAUUGUAAAAAAAAAAAAAAAAAGAAGCUGCCUUCAACUCUCCACUGACUGACUCGGGAACAUUUUGGCGACCUGGCUCCAACAUUUACCCCCCCCCUCUCUGCUACUGCACAAAGUGAAGGUUGAUAUGCCACAUCAGUGAUGGAGCCCAUGACGGUGACGACGUCGGUGGUCGGACCGGAUGAGUUUGACCGCAACGCCCCGCGGAUCUGUGGCGUGUGCGGUGACAAGGCCACCGGCUUCCACUUCAACGCCAUGACCUGCGAGGGCUGCAAGGGAUUCUUCAGGCGCAGUAUGAAGCGUAAAGCCGCCUUCACCUGUCCAUUCAACGGGAGCUGCACCAUCACCAAGGACAACCGGCGUCACUGCCAGGCCUGUCGUCUCAAACGCUGCAUUGACAUCGGCAUGAUGAAAGAGUUCAUCCUGACAGACGAGGAGGUUCAGAGGAAGAAGGACAUGAUAUUGAAGAGGAAAGAGGAGGAGGCGGCCCGGGAGGCGAUGAGGCCACGUCUGAAUGAGGAGCAGGCCCGGAUCAUCUCCAGUCUGGUGGAAGCUCACCACAAGACCUACGAUGCCUCCUAUUCUGACUUCUCCCGCUUCAGGCCUCCAGUGCGUGAAGGCCCAGUAACACGCAGUGCCAGCAGAGCCGCCUCCCUUCACUCUUUGUCUGAUGCCUCCUCUGACUCAUUCAACCACUCACCUGAGUCUGUGGACACCAAGAUGAACUUCAGCAACCUGUUAAUGAUGUACCAGGAUGGCGCUAGCAGUCCAGACUCCAGUGAGGAGGACCAAAAGCUGUCCAUGCUGCCCCACCUGGCUGACCUGGUCUCCUACAGCAUCCAGAAGGUCAUCGGCUUCGCCAAGAUGAUCCCAGGCUUCAGAGAACUGACGGCAGAAGACCAGAUCGCCCUGUUGAAGUCGAGUGCCAUCGAAAUCAUCAUGCUGCGUUCAAACCAGUCAUUCAGCCUGGAGGACAUGUCCUGGAGCUGCGGGGGGACUGACUUCAAAUACUGCAUCAAUGACGUCACAAAGGCGGGUCACACUCUGGAUCUGUUGGAGCCGCUGGUGAAGUUCCAGGUUGGUCUGAAGAAACUCAACCUGCACGAGGAGGAACACGUGCUGCUCAUGGCCAUCUGCCUGCUCUCCCCAGAUCGUCCCGGCGUCCAAGACCACGGACGCAUCGAGCAGCUCCAGGACCACCUGUCGGAGACGCUGCAGGCCUACAUCCGGGUCAACCACGCCGGCGGACGCCUCCUCUACGCCAAGAUGAUCCAGAAGCUGGCCGACCUGCGCAGCCUGAACGAGGAGCACUCCAAGCAGUACCGCUCGCUCUCCUUCCAGCCCGAGCACAGCAUGCAGCUCACCCCGCUGGUGCUGGAGGUGUUCGGCAGCGAGGUGUCAUAGCAGAGAAUGAGGCCCGCUCGCACACAUCCACACACUCAUCACACAUCACAGGAUGAUCAACCAACCAUUACCGCCUUUUCCCCGAGAGAACCCCGGCCCUGAUAUACCUGGACAAUGAGGGAGAACGAUGGAUCAUCAGAUAGGUAGACUUCACCUCUUCUUCAUCAUCUGCCCAUCCUCCUCCUCCUCCCGACCUCUGAUGCCUGGACCUCUGGAUUUAUAAGACACCUGAAUAUGCUGUGGAUGUCUGCAGCACUUGGAUAACCAGAUUUAUAUUUUAACUUCUGGAUUCGCAAACACAGUACCGCAUUAAAUGUCGUCACGUCGGGGCAGAUAUCCCGACGCAGAUGGACAUCCUGAUCCUCUCCAAAUCCACAAACUCGCCUUUUCUCAUCACCACCUUUUCCCCCGGACAUCACCGCUAGAUUCCUGCCAUAUUUUUUUUACAGCGAAGACAGCAUGAUGGAUGUGACGGUCGCAUCCCUUUUAACCAUCAUCCUCAUAACAUUGUUCCAUGUUCACAUCAUCGCCACGACAGAUACACCGAUUUUUACAUCUAUUAACCACGCUGGCACUCGCAAGUUCCAGAUAAAAUUGCUAGCAAAUGUUACUACACUUGUGUUAGAUAGCUUUGUUGACAGCAAAGACAUCCAAAUAUAUCAAACAUCAACAUGGCCAGCGAGCUUACAGUAAUAUAAUGGAAAGAAACUGGGUUUACCGGUUUAAAAAAAAUAUUUGGUUAAGUCGGGCUGCUUGGCCCCGUGUAUCUGUGUAUGUGCAUAGAGAGGUCUGAGAUGGUCGGCUGAAGCGAAGAAAGCAAGUUCAGUUUGGGAACGGUGAGAAGAGAGGUGAGAUUUGGAGGAACGAGUAAAAGGAUAUGCUACGGUUGGAAUUCCCUGUUCACAAGACAAAAGGGAAUUUCACAAAACAAGAAUGUAUGUAUAAUGCUAUAUAAAUAUAAAUGAUACGUAUAAGCUGAUAUAUAUGAAUAUAUAUAUAUAUAUAUACAUAUAUAUAUAUAUAUAUGUAUAUAUAUAUAUAUAUAUUUAAGAAAGCGAAACAUGGUUGCUUCCAUGGAAGCAAAUGAGUGUUGUAUAAUGUAGAGGAUUUGAAGGCCCCCUCCUCAGUUGUGUGUGUGUGUGUGUGUGUGUGUGUGUGUGUGUGUCGUCUUCUAAAAGACAAACGCACACACACAUUAGAAAAGCGCUGAGAAGUGUGUGAGGAGUCCUUCUAUUUUUGUGACGUGUGUACAGUAAAUGAGAAUAUCGAUGGACCACAAGGGGGUGUGUGCAGGCUCUGGCCGAGGGUUCAGUGCAGGGAAGCGCUUCUCUGUUGUCAUUUUUUUUUUUUUUGGACCUGUGAAGUUCGUAGACCGACACACGCAAACACAUCGUCAUGUUUCGUGGAUAGCGACUAUCCAAAAAUAUUUCUUCGGCUGGUUAGAUUGCUGCUAAGACAGUUCGAGCUAGAUAGUUGGAGAGAAAAAACCAACUACCGGCUGUUGCCUCAGGGAAAAGUUUGUCUGAUGAUUAUUGUGUACUUGGUGUUUAUGGUGUGUGUGGCGUAAGCUUACAAUCAUUAGACAGAGAUUGUUUUUAAAGCUCCAGGCAUCACUGUGAUUUCUAAUCAUACUAAAUAUAACAGCGUAAGUAAGCUACAAGUGAAACUUUUUUGAAAUACUACAAGAUUUUCAUUCCUAAUCUCAAUUAAAAAAAAACUCCUGCAUGAUCGUACAGUCCAUUAGAGAUCACCUUCCUAUUAAAUGGCUAACAUGUUAAAAUAGGGUGUUAAAGCAUUGAGGGAUUAAUAUCAGCCUUAAGUUUAUUUUUUCAGGUUCAAAGUGAAUAAUCUACAGAAGGUAGCAAUGUGCAGCAGUUAAAACAAUGUAGUGUUUUUGGAAUGAAAUCCUUCAGAUACUUCACAGCUGAGUUAUGAAACACAAGAAAUAACUUUUUUAUAUUAAAUAUAAAAGCAAGCCUCAUACCUUUUUUUUUUUGUCACAUUGAUAUCAUUUCAACACCAGCCACAUAAGCGAGGUUUUUUAGGAUGUUACUUUUCAACAUCACUACAUAUCAUAUAUCACGUUUUCAGUGGACACGGAGCAUGCUCACCCCCUCACACAGGCCUGGAUCGCCCCCUUGUGGACAAACUUUGUAAAUACCACUUGCUAAGUCUGUACAUAGUUAGAGAUUAAUGUAGGCAGAAUACUAAGAGAAUUCAAUUGUUGAUGGCAAGAUGCUCUGGAGAUACAGCACUAUAUGCAAUUAGGAGAUGGACUCUUAUGUUGUGUUCAACUAGAAUAGACAGAGGUGGCAGUCCUGGUGAAGUUACUGAGUUGUUUCAGGGUGGGCUGAAGAAGACUGGACAGAAUGGCUUUUUAAAAGCUAUAUUUAUACUUCUUUUUAAUUUUGGCACCCAACAUUCAGCAAAUUGAAAUUCAACCAACUUCAUUACAACAAAAUUCUGAUAUUAGGUGUUUCACAGAUCAACACACCUACAAGAACAUUAAGAAAGAACUAGGGCUGUCAUUCGAUUAAAACAUUUAAUCACACAUUUUUUAUCUUAAAAUGAGAUUUGUCAAGUAUUUAAUACUCUUAUCAACAUGGGAGUGG